CGUUAGUAGCGAUUUGUGCAGAUCUUGGAUCCCUCGCAAAAAAACAAAAUGGAUCACUCGAAACGCCGGGGGUUGGCCCCAAAGGUGUCGGUUCCGUUGAAGGAAGAAUGCACUUCGUACCGGGUGCAUAUAGCGCUUUGUUUGAUCGUCGCAAUGGUGCUGCUUUCGCUCCCAACGCUUUGCGGAGCCCACGGGCAGCAUUCGCAUGAUGAUCACCACCAUCACCACGAGAGCCCAAGCUUUAAAUAUUCGAUGGAAGCCAACCAAGUGCACGAUGACUCAAUUCCUGAUCCACAUCACCAUCAUCAUCAUCAUCAUCAUCACGAGAGGCCUGCGGCAAGCAUUAAAGCACCAAGAGAUACCUUUUAUAUUUGGGUUCACUCUCUUGGCUCGACGCUGUUGAUCAGUGCGGCUCCCUUCUUCAUUCUCUUCGCCAUCCCGCUGGACAACACGGAGGAAAUGCAACCCCGUCUGAAAACGUUGCUUGCCUUCGCCUCCGGUGGGCUACUCGGGGACGCCUUCCUGCACUUGAUACCGCAUGCCAUCCAGCCUCACUCGCAUGACGAGGGUCACGGACACAGUCAUAGCCACGGCCACAGCCAUGGUGAGCACACCGAUGAAGGGGAACACGCCGCUCACGGGCACGACAUGCGCGUCGGUCUGUGGGUUUUGGCGGGCAUCAUUGUGUUCCUGGCAGUGGAAAAAGGCGUUCGGUUGAUCAAAAAAGAAGGCGGACACGGCCACAGUCAUGGUGGUGCAUCGAAACCGGCCGCGGUGCAACCAAAGCCAAGCGGGGGCUCCUCUCCACCACCGUCUCCGGAGGCAGAGAAGAAGAAUAAGAAAAAGGAUCAAAAGUCGGAACCGGCCACCGGCAAAUCGAACAAAGAGGAGGCUAAAGCAAAGGGAAAAGCCGUACGGAAGGAAUCGAAGAAAGAGGAACCUAUCAAAAUCGCCGGAUACCUCAAUCUGGCGGCCGAUUUCACGCACAAUUUCACCGAUGGUUUGGCGAUCGGUGCAUCGUACCUGGCUGGUAAUAGCAUCGGACUCGUGACGACCGUCACGAUUCUGCUGCACGAAGUGCCGCACGAAAUCGGUGACUUUGCCAUUCUUAUCAAAUCGGGUUGCUCGAAGAAGAAGGCGAUGCUGCUUCAGUUGACCACGGCGGUCGGGGCGCUCGCCGGUACGGUGUUGGCCCUGCUGGGCAGUGGGAGCGAGGCAGCCGAUUCCUGGGUGCUACCAUUCACCGCCGGGGGCUUCAUCUACAUUGCCACCGUUUCGGUUAUACCGGAACUGCUCGAGGAGUCGACCAAACUGUGGCAAUCGUUAAAGGAAAUCGCGGCAUUGCUGGCUGGCGUCGGAAUGAUGGGAACAUGCCUUAAGAUAAUUGAACAAACGAUAGAGACAUGAACGACAAAUCAUUGCCACUCAUUCAACAUACACUCGCAAAAGAAAAUCGGAUAACAAAUAUUGUAUUGAAACGUGUUUCGGCCUAGUUAAAGUGAUUUUUACCCAACCACCAACGGAACCGAAGCUUAGCUUGGGUUGGAAUUAGUUUUUUAAACGUUUUUAUAUUGUUCGUUGUACAUCGUCGUUGUUUGCAAUGGCACCGCUAUUGCGUCUCUAAAAGGGGAAAUACAAAAACCUUUACAUCGCUUAUACGUAAUCAAUUUUAUUUCAAUAAAUUAAACUUAAUUACCACUAGUCUUUUCGGCAUUGGCUUUU